CCUGUCGCGGAGACCGAGACGACGAGCGUUCCGCGACGGCGGCGGCGGCGGCGGCGGCGGCGGCGACGGCGGCGACGGCGGCCGUCCCUUCAUCGAUCGCGCGCGCAUCCGCGCGGACCUUCUCCGCGAGCCGACCUCAAGCAGCACGGCCUCGCGAGGCUCGUCCACCGCAGUUUCGAAGAUAUGCGUUGCUGUGAGCUCGUGCGUUUCACGCACGUGAUCGAACUUGGGAGGUUAUCGUCGUGCCGUAUCUGCCGGUGGACUCCGCUCCACCGACGCCAGCCAGCUAGCCAGUCGGCAGGCCGUCCAAUUACUCGCGCGGCAUGCAUACACCAGCGACGAGCCUUCCUUUGCCGGCUUUCGCUCGCGGCCGUCGCUCGUUAAACACCGGCUAUCAGCGUGCGAAGUCCAGCAUCGGCGUCUCCUCGGCCUGAGGACGCGACGUAGAUCCGCGCUCGCUACGCCAGCGAGAGUGCCAUCGGUGGCCGCCAGGGUCACCAGAUAACACGCCACGAUGCUGCUGCAGCUUUUCGAGAGCAUCCAAUAUAUCCCCAAGUUGUACUACGGCGCGCUGCUGGGCAUCGGCUUCUGCAUUUAUUAUCUCUGCGAGGUCGUCAAGACACCUCUGCUGGUUUGCGCCAACGGGCCGUUCCGCUCGUUCCUGGAGGCGAACAUCCCGCUGGUGCAGAACAAAUUCUGGCCGACGUUAUGGUGCUUCGAAUCGCGGGCGCAGACCAUCUUCGCCAGCAUUCUGAGGUCCCGAAUACUGCCACAUGUCGAAUACCGCAGAGAAAUCCUGACUCUGUCCGAUGGCGGCGAGGUGGCUCUGGACUGGGCUGAGAAGGACUGCUCCGUUACCUCGCCGAUCGUGAUUAUCCUGCCGGGUCUCACGGGUGGCAGCCAAGCGGAGUACAUCAAGUGCCUGGUGUCAGCCGCGAGAAAGAUCGGGAUACGAUGCGUGAUCUUCAACAACAGAGGUCUAGGCGGGAUGAAGCUUAAGACCCCGCGAACGUACUGCGCCGCAAACUACGACGACUUAACCGAAGUCAUAGAGCACGUGAAGAAGCUUCAUCCUCACGCGAUCCUCGGAGCCACCGGAAUCUCCAUGGGAGGGUUGAUUCUAGGUAACUACCUGGCGCAAGGAGGCCUAACGGCGAGAACCAAACUGAAAGCUUGCCUUAUUAUCUCGGUACCAUGGAACGUGUUCGCCGCGUUGAAGAACACGGAGGAGAACUACUUUAAUCUAAUGCUGAACAAGCACCUAGCUAGCAAUCUACGUCGCACUAUACAGAAGUAUAACACUUCCGACAUCGGCCCCCUCAACGUGGAUAUGGACACCAUCCUCAAGAGCCAAACGAUAAGGGAAUUCGACUCGCACUUUACGGCGAAGCAAUUCGGCUACAAGGACGUCGAGGACUAUUACAGCAACGCGACGAUCCACGACAAGUUGCAUCUGAUCGAAGUACCGACGUUGUGUCUGAACGCGGCGGACGACCCGUUCCAGCCGCUGAAAGCGAUACCUCUGAAGGAGAUCAGCAAGAGCAAAAACGUGGCCGUCGUGGUGACGUCGCGUGGCGGACAUAUUGGCUUUCUGGAAGGUGUCUGGCCAGUCAAGGAGGAACAAUAUUUGGGGAAAUUCUUCUCGCAAUACUUCGCGGCGAUGUUCACCAGCGGCUUCGAUCAGCAGGAGCUCUGACAUAUUCGUAAAUUAGAGUCGAGAAAAUAUCGCGAGCGUGACGCAGCUACCUUGCUAUCGUCUAGCGCUGGUCUUCACCACGAAAGAUAUGCGCCGCGUGUAGUUUAUCUCCGUUUGAUCUUAUCUCUAGCCGAAGGUCGUGCACACUAGCUGCGGUGACAUAUACAAUCCUGCGGUGACUUCUUACCGUUUUUUAUACAUUCCUCGAGGAUGCGUAGCGCAAUGUCUGCGAGCGCGUUAUGUAAACUCGGGGCUCACCGGGGCAGGAUUGUUAAUUUUACCGUCAUAAUAUUAGUUCACGCACAGUGAAAUCGCCGUUGUAUCGGUAAUCCGUAAGAGAACCACCACGACUUUUGUAACAGCUGCUGUAUCACCGAUUGCUUCGAGCGCUGUUACCGUUACUGACACCCUAAAUAUAUCGUAAUUAUAAUACCAGAGUUCAACAGAGAAUAUACAAUUAUUGUAUCCUUUAGCGUUUAAGAGAACGUCGUGGUCGUCCGCGCUUCCGACAUAAACGGCUGCGCGAUAAUAUCAAUCGCAGCAAACAAACACAGGCCCUUG